AUGCAGGUUAAUAGCGGCAGCAGCAGAAGCAGCAGCAGCAGCAGCAGCAGCAGCAGCAGCAGAUUGUGGUUGCGAGACAAACAGGCGGCAGCAACAGCAGCAAAACGAGUCACGCCGCAGCAGCAGCAGCAGCAACAGCGAGCCGCAAACACUGAGCAGCAGCAGCAGCAGCAGCAGCAGCAGCAGCAGCAGCAGCAGCAGCAGCAGGCAAAUGAAUUAUUUACUUAA